CAUCUAUUUGUUUGGCCUAUAAUAGUUCGAAUAGGAUAAACCAUGCGAACUCUUCAUACAAACUUUCAAUUAAGAACCAGUGCUUCCAUGACAAAAUUCCUUUUAAUUCUUGCUUCAUAGGGUUUAAAAUAUUGUCGUGAUGACGCUGAGCUUGUUGGUUACCUCCCCGGCAAGGAGCGCGAAUGCCCAUUUUCACCCUAUCUUUUCUAGCUAUUCCGCCACCGUCAGCCUCUCCUUCCCUCUUCGGCAAUGGAGGCCAAUUCGAACCUUAAACCAGACACUAGCUGCCCGCCGUCGGUUCUUCUUCUGCACUGUUGCGUCCUCUUCGUCGCCGCCGUUGCAGCAAGUUGACAUGAGCGAAGCGGAAGCGAGAGGGGAUACGAUUGGGUGGGGGAAGGUUUCGGCCGUCCUCUUCGACAUGGACGGAGUUCUCUGCGACAGCGAGCAGCCAUCUCGAAUGGCCGCUGUCAAUGUUUUCGCUGAGAUGGGCGUCUCCGUCACCGCCGAUGACUUCGUGCCAUUCAUGGGGACCGGUGAGGCAAAUUUUUUAGGAGGUGUUGCUUCUGUGAAGGGGGUUAACGGGUUUGAUACCGAGGCAGCUAAGAAACGGUUUUUUGAAAUAUAUCUUGAUGAGUAUGCAAAACCCAAUUCUGGCAUUGGAUUUCCAGGGGCUCUAGAGAUCAUAAUGGAGUGUAAGAGUAAAGGGCUCAAGGUUGCUGUUGCGUCAAGUGCUGAUCGGAUAAAGGUUGAUGCAAAUCUGGCUGCUGCUGGCUUGCCGACGGCACUAUUUGAUGCCAUCGUCUCAGCUGAUGAAUUCGAGAAUUUAAAACCUGCUCCAGAUAUUUUCUUAGCAGCAUCAAAAAUUAUGAAUGUUCCCCCCUCUGAGUGCUUGGUAAUUGAAGAUGCUCUUGCUGGAGGUCAGGCUGCCAAAACUGCAAAUAUGAGAUGCAUUGCAGUUACCACUACACUGUCCGAAGAGAGAAUACAGGAAGCCAGUCCUUCACUCGUCAGAAAAGAUAUAGGAAAUAUUUCAAUUCAUGAUAUUUUAGAGGGUGGAAGUUCAGAUCACAGGUCACAGAAUCAUCAAAAUUCAUGAUUUUCCUCAAAAGGUAAGGCAAGUGGGCAUGCACAAAGAUAGUAAGCUACCUUUUAAUUCUCAUUGUAUAUUAUUGCUAAAUAUUUUGCCAAACAUUAUAACGACACUAGCUUUGCUAAGCUUCAAAAUAGGAGAGGUAGGUAAACCAAGAACAUUAUUUUACAAUCUCUUAGGGCCACCCGUUCGCAAACUAGUCGUUAGCACUUUUUUUAUGUUUAAAUCUAUUAUUUGAAAUGUUAGGAGUAUCGGUUGCCCCUCUUCUAAAUUGAGGGUUAAGAAGCCAUAUUUAUAAUGUUUCUAUUCUUGUUUUGCUUGAAGUUCUUAUUACUACUUCUAAAUUAUUUAGUAGUACUAAAUUUUUGGGCUUUAAGCAUUCUGUUUCAAAUUAUGCCAAUAAGAAUUGAGUGUUAUGGAAGGCUCCUGUUCGGAUUGAUGUUAUUGGAGAUUUCACUAAAGUCCUGCAUUGUAAUAUUGAAUUUUUAAAUUUAAACUGUUGUGCCUCUUUUAUCUA